GCCGCUUCCGGUUUCAUCUUCUCUUGCGCUGGUUUUUUCCUUCCGUCCGGCGUCCAGACACGUGUAGGUCGCGGUCGGUCUCCGCUGCUGUCGGGAUGGCGGCGAAUACGGGGAACCUCCCGAUGCGGCUGCUCCGCAAGAAGCUCCACAAACGCAACCUGAAGAUACGCCAGCGCAACUUGGCCCGGCAAGGGGCGGCCGCCGCCGAGAGCUCUGGGGCAGGGAGAGCCGGCGGCCUAACAGCAGAGGACAGUUCAGAAGAAGUAUCCAGUAUCCAAGAAGCAGUGGUGGAAGAACAGAAACCUAAGGGUGUGGAACAGCCAAACAUCAUACUUAAUGCAGAAGAAGCUGGAUGUACACAACCUGAGUUGAAGAAGAAGAAGAAGAAGAAAAGAAAAACUGUUAGCCAGACAGAAAAUGAAGCUAAAAGAGCAAAAAUUGAAGAAGAAUGUGCUCAGCUAGAAGAGCAGACCCUAAAUGGGGAACCUGAGAAAGAAAAUGAUGACAGUUCGGAUGAGAAAGAAGCGGAAGAUGCUGAUGGACCUGCCUUACCCCUUGGACUAACAGGUGCUUUUGAGGAUACAUCUUUUGCUUCUCUGAGUGACCUUGUCAGUGAGAACACAUUGAAAGGAAUAGCUGACAUGGGUUUCACACACAUGACAGAAAUCCAGCAUAAGAGUAUUAAACCACUCCUCGAAGGCAGAGAUAUUCUAGCAGCUGCAAAGACUGGCAGUGGCAAAACCCUUGCGUUUCUUAUUCCAGCAAUAGAACUCAUCUACAAGUUAAAAUUUAUGCCCAGGAAUGGAACUGGUGUUCUCAUCCUUUCACCUACUCGAGAGCUUGCCAUGCAGACCUAUGGUGUUCUCAAAGAACUGAUGACUCAUCAUGUCCACACCUAUGGCUUAGUCAUGGGCGGCAGUAAUAGAUCAGCUGAGGCACAGAAGCUUGCAAAUGGGAUAAACAUAAUUGUGGCAACUCCAGGCAGACUUUUGGACCACAUGCAGAAUACUCCAGGGUUUAUGUAUAAGAAUCUGCAAUGUCUGGUGAUUGAUGAGGCCGACAGAAUUUUAGAAGUUGGGUUUGAGGAAGAAAUGAAACAAAUCAUAAAACUUCUGCCAAAACGUAGACAAACUAUGCUUUUCUCUGCUACACAAACCCGUAAAGUUGAAGACUUGGCAAAGAUAUCUCUUAAAAAAGAACCAUUGUAUGUUGGGGUUGAUGACAAUAAAGAGACAGCAACUGUGGAGGGACUUGAACAGGGUUAUGUAGUGUGUCCUUCAGAAAAGAGAUUUCUUCUGCUGUUCACUUUCCUCAAGAAGAAUCGGAAGAAGAAGCUGAUGGUAUUUUUCUCUUCGUGUAUGUCUGUGAAGUACCACUAUGAACUCCUGAACUAUAUUGAUCUGCCAGUCCUGGCCAUUCAUGGCAAGCAGAAACAGACCAAACGCACAACUACAUUUUUUCAGUUCUGUAAUGCAGAUUCUGGAAUACUCUUGUGCACAGAUGUAGCAGCUCGGGGACUGGACAUUCCUGAAGUUGACUGGAUAGUUCAAUAUGACCCACCAGAUGAUCCAAAGGAAUACAUUCAUCGUGUUGGAAGAACUGCCCGAGGUAUAAAUGGAAGAGGGCAUGCUCUGCUUAUUUUACGACCAGAAGAGUUGGGUUUCCUGCGUUACCUAAAACAGGCUCGGGUACCACUAAAUGAAUUUGAAUUUUCUUGGGCCAAGAUUUCUGAUAUCCAGUCACAGCUGGAGAAAUUGAUUGAGAAAAACUACUUUCUUCACAAAUCAGCCCAGGAAGCAUACAAAGCAUAUAUAAGAGCCUAUGAUUCCCAUUCUCUGAAGGAGAUCUACAGUGUCAAUAACUUGGAUCUGCUCAAAGUUGCUCUGUCAUUUGGCUUCAAGGUCCCACCUUUUGUUGAUCUCAAUGUAAACAGCAGCCAUGGGAAGAGACUGCAGAAAAGAGGUGGCGGGGGAGGAUUUGGCUACCAGAAGGCAAAGAAUGUUCAGAAGUCCAAAAUUUUCAAGCACAUUAACAAGAAAAAGUCAGAUAGCAGACAGUUUUCCCGCUGAAAUGCUUGCUUGUUUAUUGAAAGGGCUCUUGAGAGACCACCACAUCAUCUUUCUCCUGAAGUGUAGAAGAAAUUGCAUUCAGCAUAGAAUUGUGUGUAGCAUUUAAGGAGUGUCCUUUAAGGCAACAUUCUGGGACAAAGUCCAAUUCACUGGGAGCCCAUUGCCUGGACAUGGAAAAUUCCUAUGAGUCUUUUCCAGCUUCUGUUUACCUGGCCAUGUACCUGAGCUGUGGAUUAGGCCUUGGCUUCCCCGCAGGGAUUAUAGCAAUAAAACUGGUUUUGUCACACA